GGAGCCUCACCGGCGCCGGACUCUGCCCUGGGCGCGCCCCGCGGGGCGGAGCCAAACCUGCGGGCGGUGGCGGCUGCACUCCCAAGACCCUGGCAACCGACCCUGGCCCCAGGGCCCGAUCACCCAGGGGAGGAGCAGCACCGGGACCCCGUGCCGGCUGGGCGCCCCCCAAGGGAAGCCAGUCUUAAUAUGAUGGAAACAUCUCUGAACUUCUAAAGGACCAAGGUUGGAGUUUUAGCUCUUAAUUUUACUUCAUCUUGGCCAGAAUUCACAAUGACAACGGUGACAGUGACCACAGAAAUUCCGCCAAGGGAUAAGAUGGAAGAUAAUUCUGCCUUGUAUGAGUCUACAUCCGCUCACAUUAUUGAAGAAACCGAGUAUGUGAAAAAGAUUCGAACUACUCUGGAAAAGAUCAGAACCCAAAUGUUUAAAGAUGAAAUAAGACAUGACAGUACAAAUAACAAACUAGAUACAAAGCACUGUGGAAACCUUCAACAGGGCUCUGAUUCUGAGAUGGAUCCUUCUUGUUGCAGUUUGGAUUUGCUCAUGAAAAAGAUAAAAGGAAAAGACCUACAGCUCUUAGAAAUGCACAAAGAGAAUGAAGUAUUGAAAAUCAAGCUGGAAGCCUCCAGAGAAGCAGGAGCAGCAGCUCUGAGAAACGUGGCCCGGAGAUUAUUUGAAAACCACCAAACACAGUCUGAAGAAGUGAGAAAGAAGCAUGAGGACAGUAAACACUUACUCCAGGUUAACAAGCUUGAAAAAGAACAGAAAUUGAAACAACAUGUUGAAAAUCUGAAUCAAGUUGCUGAAAAACUUGAAGAAAAACACAGUCAAAUUACAGAAUUGGAGAACCUUGUACAGAGAAUGGAAAAGGAAAAGAGAACACUACUAGAAAGAAAACUGUCUUUGGAAAACAAGCUACUGCAACUCAAAUCCAGUGCUACAUGUGGAAAAAGUUGCCAGGAUCUUCAGAGGGAGAUUUCCAUUCUCCAGGAGCAGAUCUCUCAUCUGCAGUUCGUGAUUCACUCCCAACAUCAGAACCUGCGCAGUGUCAUCCAGAAGAUGGAAGGAUUAAAAAAUAAUUUAAAAGAACAAGACAAAAGAAUUAAAAAUCUCAAAGAAAAGGUUAACAUACUUGAAGCCCAGAAUAAAGAACUAAAAACCCAGGUAGCACUUUCAUCUGAAACUCCUAGGACAAAGGUAUCUAAGGCUGUCUCUACAAGUGAAUUGAAGACCGAAGGUGUUUCCCCUUAUUUAAUGUUGAUUAGGUUACGGAAAUGAACUGACUGGCUGAAGAUCUGAUUUAGAAAGACUGCGUGAGUCUUAUUUAUUCUCUGAAACACAGCACAAAUUUCAUGUUAAAAUGGCACAAUGCCAUUAUUUAAAUGGAACUUAUUAUAUACCCAUGGCUUUGCAAGAAGAUGACAUUUCAGAAAAUCAAACAAAUAUAUAUUUAAUGGAUGGACUCUUCAAAACUUACCAAGUAGGUGAAGAAACCAGGUGCCUGCCUUCCCGUGAUGGAAGACGGAAUCUGCUUUAAAUUAAAAAAACACAAAUCUGAAUCUUUUUUUCAGAUUUUUUU